UGGGGGAAGAGCUGAAGCAGGCGCUCCUGGCUCGGCGCGGCCCGCUGCAAUCCGUGGAGGAACGCGCCGCCGAGCCACCAUCAUGCCUGGGCAUUUACAGGAAGGCUUCGGCUGCGUGGUCACCAACCGAUUCGACCAGUUAUUUGACGACGAAUCGGACCCUUUCGAGGUGUUGAAGGCAGCAGAGAACAAGAAAAAAGAAGCCGGCGGGGGCGGUGUUGGGGGCCCUGGGGCUAAGAGCGCAGCUCAGGCCGCAGCCCAGAACAACUCCAAUGCGGCAGGCAAACAGCUGCGUAAAGAGUCCCAGAAAGAACGCAAGAACCCGCUGCCGUCCAACGCCGGCGUGGCUGACAAGAAAGAAGAGACGCAGCCGCCCGUGGCGCUUAAGAAAGAAGGAAUAAGGCGUGUUGGAAGAAGACCUGAUCAACAACUUCAGGGUGAAGGGAAAAUAAUUGAUAGGAGACCAGAACGGCGACCACCUCGGGAAAGACGAUUUGAAAAGCCACUUGAAGAAAAGGGUGAAGGAGGAGAAUUUUCAGUUGAUAGACCGAUUAUUGACCGGCCUAUCCGAGGCCGUGGUGGUCUUGGAAGAGGUCGAGGAGGACGUGGACGCGGAAUGGGCCGAAGAGAUGGAUUCGACUCUCGUGGCAAACGUGAAUUUGAUAGGCAUAGUGGAAGUGAUAGAUCUUCUUUCUCAAUU